AUGCAGAGGCUGUAUGUGAAACGUACCCUUCGCGACAAGACAUCAUCCGCCAGCCCAGCAAAGUCGCUUUGGGACGAGGAGUUGAAGGCAUUCGGAGACACAUACGGGUCGAAGUUGCGGCCAAUAUAUGCUAACAAAAAAUCAGUGGUACCAGCAGCGGCAGGCAGAGCAGCUCUCCAAUUGAAAAGACCAGGCCGGCCAUGUGUCCAUCUGAAAUGGAUCAAUUAG